UCGACAACUGCAAAUACAUGUAGAUGGACGAGGACCUCUUUUCAGCGCCGUCCGCUUUUCAACAGCCAUCUUUAAUUUCGUUUCCGGACUGGGAUAAUACGAAUUUCCUCGAAUGCACUUUUCUCCUUUUCCAUACAUUUCCCUUCCACCAACUCAUGCCAGACAAAAGUCCCACAACAUGCCAAGGACUGCUUCCUCGUGAUAGAAAGACUUCUUUUUUACACUUUCAGACGAUUUCGUGCCAGCGCCAAACAUGUACACCCUCCGUGACCCCAUCGUGGAUGCGCCAACGGCAAACUUGGGCUUCAGAUGGCCCGAGCAUACAGAGACGCCUUACCCUAGCCCAGCCCACUACACCGUCACCGAUGUCUGUCUAAAGAAGGCACCCGCGUAUACCAUUGGAGAGAAAACUUCAGGGAAAGCCACGUGUUUUCCCGAUAUCGUCAAACGGGACAAAAAUGGAGGGGUGGACGACAGAUGCCCCGGGCCGGCCCACUAUACUAUCACUAAAAGAUUCGCGGACAAUGAUAAGCCAGCACAUUCCAUCGGCAAGAUGGGAAGAUCGGCAAGGAAAUUUUCAGAAUCUGUUCCUGGCCCUAACCACUACCGGAUUGCUGUCAAACAUCGACCCGAUGCGCCAAAGGCCCCUGCACACUCCAUGGCGAGACGAUUCGACGAACCCCGCUACAAUAUUGUUGGUCCAGGGCCCGCGGCCUACCACCCCACACCACCCAAGAAUUACGACCUCAGCUGCAGCAUGACCAAACGACCAACUGAUAAAAAACAAUUCGUAACACCCGCCCCGAACGCAUUCCGACUAGAAACUGGUCAGAGUGCCAAGGGUAUUAACAACGGUCCCAAAGCGACACUGAAAAGUAGGGCGAGUCCUUUCGUCUACUCCGGCUUAGCAAAGACAAGGCUCCUCGAGGGGUAG